AUGCCUCCCUUAAAGCUUAACAACCAGAAUCUCCCGCAGAUUGCUGCGGCAGGCGAAGCUCAAGUCAAGGUUCCCACCUACGCCCGCGGUGGCGCUGUGAAAGAGGGAAUUGUCCACGUUGGCGUCGGCGGUUUCCACCGCGCACACCUGGCUUACUAUGUCGACCUCUUGAUGCAGCAGGGUGUGACUGACUGGGCAAUCUGUGGUGUUGGUCUGCAACCCUUCGACGCUGGCAUGCGAGAUGUUCUAGGUUCGCAGGACCACCUUUACACCCUCAUUGAGCGAUCUGCCCAGGGCAGCUUUGCGCAUGUUGUGGGUAGUAUCAACUCAUACCUCUUCGCCCCCGAUAACCGCGAGGCUGUUAUCGCGAAGAUGGCCCAUCCAGAUACCCAUAUUGUUUCCCUCACCAUCACCGAAAGCGGGUACUACUACAAUGAGAACACCCACGAGCUCCAACGCGAGCACCCUGAUAUCCAGUUCGAUCUUGACCCGGCCAAUGAGAAAGCCCCUCGUACAACCUUUGGUUUCCUUUACGCUGCCAUGGCCCGUCGCCGCGAGGCUGGUCUGAAGCCCUUCACCGUCAUGUCGUGCGAUAACAUGCAGAAGAACGGUGCCAUCACACGCCACAUGCUUACAUCAUUUGCGCGCCUACGUGACCCUUCACUUGCGGACUGGAUCAACAAGGAAGGCCACUUCCCCAAUGCCAUGGUCGACCGGAUCACACCCCAGACAUCAGAUACCGAUAAAACGGCCCUCGCCGAUGAUUUCGGUAUUCAGGAUGGAUGGCCCGUCGUCACAGAGCCCUUCACGCAGUGGGUGAUUGAGGAUCAUUUCUGCGAUGGUCGCCCACCAUUCGACAAAGUCGGUGUCCAGCUAGUCACCAAUGUCCACAAAGUUGAGGAGUUCGAAAAGCAUAAGUUGCGCCUGCUGAACGGUAGCCACUCCGCUAUCGGUUACCCAGGUCAGCUUGCCGGCUUUAAGUAUGUUCACGAAGUUAUGGAGAACCCUAUCUUCCGUCGCUUUGUGUGGCAAAUGAUGCAGGAUGAGGUCAAGCCCCAUUUGCCUGACAUCCCCGGCGUGAACAUUGAUGAAUAUUGCAACACGCUCAUGGAGCGCUUUUCCAACCCCACUAUCAUGGAUCAGCUGCCCCGCGUCUGCCUUAAUGCAUCUGGCAAGAUCCCCCAGUUUAUCAUGCCCUCGAUCGCGGAGGCCAUCUGGGAUACCGCCCCCUUCCGGCGCCUGUGCUUCGUUGCAGCUUCAUGGUUCCACUACCUCAAGGGCGUUGACGACAGUGGCAAGCCCUUCGAGAUCGUGGAUCCCAUGCGCGAUGAGCUCCAGGCUAAGGCUCGCGCUGGUGGCACCAAACCGGCCGAGUUGCUGAGCAUCAAGAACCUAUUCGGUGACGAUCUUCGUAAUGACAAGCGGUUCAUUGACGAGAUGACGACCGCUAUGGAACUUAUUGACCGGGAUGGGAUCAUGAACACCCUUCCCAAGUACAUUGAUUAA